GUGCACUGACAAAUGUUUCUACUUUUACUGACAGGUUGUAUGUCCUUGCUCCUUGCUUCCAUAUUCCUGUCAUAAGAUCCAAGGUUAACUCUGAACUAGGAAGAGAGCACGCUCACACAAUUGUAUUUGGACAGCGUGUGAACUGAGGUAAUUUUUGGAGAACUGGGAGUUCAGCUGUUGUGAAACUUGGCAAGAGCAGAGCAACAUAUUUCCAGAGUCAGACAGCAACUUUGAUGUGAAAUUGAAGUGAGGAGGAUGGUUUGAGUGGCCAAAGAACCUUCAACAAUCACAGCUGGGGAACUGCAAGUCUUGAGCAUCAUGCAAGAAAAUGAAAAGGACCGGCCAACAUCAGUAUCACAGUUCUUGCAAGAGAGCUACUUGGCUGAGACCCAUCGUAUACAUCAUAGACACACUGAAUUGGGCUGCUCUGACUGUCCUCAUCAUGUAGUCUAUGGCAAUCUGAAAGGGAAAGCUGUGGAUUCUCAGGUGGAGUCUCAGUUCCCUGAUCUGUCUGUGUUUUUGAGCCAGGAGGAACUGAAUAAGAGUGUUGACCUUGCCUGCAAGUCCUUUGGCCAUGAGUCACAAGAGCAAGAGGACAGUUCAGAUGUUUGUCCGCAAAUUGUGUCCUACGUUGCCCCGACCAUCAAAGCCAGUCACGAAAAGAUGGAGAACAUGCCUGACAGACAAGUGCUCCAGUCCCCCACCCAGGAAAGCAAGUUAAUGAAUAUCAGGACUCCCAGGGAGCCUAUUCCAGACUUAAAAAAACCUACAAGGAACUCUGAAUAUGGCCUAGAGAUCCAGUCCAAGAAAGAAUUCCUGAAUAAGGCAGCGGAUUUCAUAGAAGAGCUUUCCUCGCUCUUCAAGGCCAACAGUUCGAAACGAAUUCGGCCUAGGGCUUGCAAAGGACAUCGAAGCCGAUAUCAGAGUAAACAUCAAUUUGAUGCUGCUUCGUUCAUCCAUGACACAGAGGAUAGAGAAAGACCAAUUCUCCACAAUGAACCACUAGAAUUCCAUUCACAUAAUGACAAGGACACAGAGGAGCCAAAUAACACAGAGACAGAGAAGCAGGAACCCAUAUGUGAGAUAAAGUGUGAAGCUCCAGUCCUGACAGGGCCUGAAAGUUCAGAGCCAGUGUGUAAACCCCCACAUUUUGUCCAGAAACUCAAAAGCAGAGAGGUGCCUGAGGGCAGCAAGGUUCAACUGGAUUGCAUUGUCAGAGGACUCCCAGCACCAGAAAUCCGAUGGUUUUGUGAAGGUAAAGAAUUGGAAAACAGCCCUGAUAUUCAGAUUAUCAAUAAUGGUGAGCUGCACUCACUGAUUAUUACUGAGGCUUUUGAAGAAGACACAGGACGCUACUCCUGCUUUGCCUCUAACUUUUGUGGCACGGAUUCCACAUCAGCAGAAAUUUAUAUUGAGGGUGUCACAUCUUCUGAUUCUGAUGGAGAGCAGUAUUUUGAAUCACAAAUGCACAAAAGAGCUUCACCGCCCAAUGUCACUAUACUUGUAGAGGCCCCCACUACAUCUCUGAAUGAUGAAGACUCAACAUCCCCUUGUUUCAACCAAUCAACACCACCAGAAAACUUUUCAACUUUGCCCAAUCCUCCAGCCUCUCCUAUCACAGCUGCUGGAGGAGACACACAACUUGGUCAAGUAAAAUGUUCUACAAAACCUGUCAAGGAACCACCACCUGUACCAAAAUCUCAGUUGAUUUCCACAGCACCCAAUGGCCAGUCAGUCAAUAUGCCAACAACAGCUACCCUUAGUCAAGAAACUUCUAAUUCUCUGUCUACAGCUCAACAAAAUUUUACUGAGAAUGAAAAUGGUUAUCCACAAGGCUUAGAUGGAAGACCUAUAAUGGCUGCACCUGUUUUUACAAAGAAUCUACAAGAUCUUCUUGCUUUUGAGGGUCAGCUGGUGGUACUGGAAUGCCGUGUUAAGGGAGUGCCCUCACCCAAAGUAGACUGGUACAGGGAGGGGAUGCUCAUCGAGGACUCUCCUGACUUCAGAAUCCUACAAAAGAAGCCUAGAUCCAUGGCUGAAUCUGAGAAUAUAUGUACUUUGGUUAUUGCCGAAGUCUUCCUUGAAGAUUCUGGAACCUUUACUUGCACAGCUAGCAAUAAAUAUGGCACGGUUUCGAGUGUUGCUGUGUUGAUGGUGAAAGGCAAUGGUGAUAACAGCAACCACAAUAAAACGUUGAGCACUUCAGCAACAGAGCCCUGUCACCAUGACCCAGACCACUUCACAAUAACUUCAAAACAUCCCCUUGCAUCCUGCCUGAAGACUAGAUCAAAGAAAGUACUAGAAAGCCACAGUGAGCCACAGUCCAGCUCUCGAGUAGGUCGCAGGGUAACCUUUAAACUUCCAGAAGAUGAAGAGAAUACAAACAGCAAUGAAGACAUUAUACCCAAUAAAGAUCCUCCACCAGUGCUGGCUAAACCAAAACUUAAUCCACUGCAACUUCAAAUUCUUCACAAACAAGUACUUUUGGAGCAGCAGCAGGAGAGCGAUAUUCAGAACCUAGAGCACUCAGAGUUAGACCAGGAAAGUCUUAAUCAGUGCAAUAAACAGGUUCUGACUUCUUUACAUCCAGUGCCAUCACCACUAAAACAAACCCCUCCACCCUUUUUAAAUACUGUUCCACUGCCACAGAUAAACCCCUCACCUGUUUCUUUACUGAGUACCAUUCCUGCUCCUCCAUUUAAAACUGAACCCAUUUCACCAUUGAAUAUGGCCUCUGCAAACCAGACUGAUCUUAUUCUCUUGCCAGAGAUCAACCCAUCUCUUACAGUUGUCCUUAAUAACCCUCCCACAUCUCAACAGAAUAUUGCUCUUAAUUCAAAGUUAAACACUGUCCCUACAAAUGUUGAUCUUUCAACACAAAUGCCACAGAUGAUUUUAGGUCCUGCUGCCCUAACACCUGAACUUAAUAUGGAGGCAAUGCCCUCACUCAGUUUUGCUCCAGUGUCACCCAUUACACAUUUAAAUGUGAUGUCUGCUACUCCCCUAUCUCAGCUCGCAACAGCUCUUAGUAUAUCAGUGUCUCAGCCAGUAACAAGUUCUGCUACAUCUUUUCCCCAAGUAAAUGUGUCUCCAACAGUCCAGCUAAAUACUGGCCCAACAUCCAAAAUAAAUAUGACUCCACCCACUCUUUCCUCCACCAUAUCUCAAAUGAACAUUGCUCCUGCCACUCAGAUGAAAUCAAUCCCCAUUACUCAAGUAGACAUGGCUGUUAGCCCAACACAUUCUGCAUUGUUAAUAAAUUCUAGUAGAACCAAGUUAAACAGCACCUCAGUGAAUCAACAAGUCAUGGAACCAACAUUGGUCCAAGGCACAAAUUCCCAGAAUUCAACAACAGUGCCACUGAAUGUCACUUCCUCUCAUAUGUUAAAAAAUACAGCUUUAUCUAUACCUCCUGUCUCCAUUACUCAGACUCCACCAAUCUGCAUCACUUCAAUCUCAAAUGCUAACUUUUUGCAGAGUUUCAGUUACACUAGACCUAAGGAAUUCAUUGCAAGCCACAUUCUCUCACAAGGAAUAUGUCCUUCACCAACUCUGUCAUCUGCCACACAAAAUGUAUCCAGACCUACCACAAAUCUUACCUCACCCAACAAUCAACUUACUCCAUCCCUGCGGGUUUUCCCUACAAGACUUCCAGACUCUCCAAGCAGUCCUCCAUAUGUUGUAUCACCCCCUCUAGUAUGUCCUGCUCUGGUGAAUUCAGUAUUUUCUUUACGGCCUCAGUCACCGCCACAGGCCUCCUCCCCAACUUCUAGUGGCUCCACAUCUAGCCCUAUCCAAAACCCAGUGGCCUUCCUCAGCUCUGUUCUACCCUCAUUGCCAACAAGUCCUCCAACUAAUGCUAUGGGACUCCCCAUGAGAGCUCCUAGGCCUCAAGCCACACUGAACAAGAAUCACAGAAGCCCUUGGUCCAGACCAGAUGAAGAUAUCCCUGAUGGCAGAGUAACUCUUUCACAUGACAUUGAGAAAAAGCUGCAACUGAAAAAUGAAUUGCCUCUUUAUGGACAACAGAAGCUGACUUAUGGGGGGGAAGCAAGCAGACCACUUGGACCAAACAUUCCAACAGCAACUCUCAUUAACUAUGAUGAGGAAUACAAGGUGUCUAACUUUGAACAAAGGCUGAUGAGUGAGAUUGAAUUCCGUCUGGAGAGAACACCAGUUGAAGAAUCAGACGAUGAGAUACAGCAUGAUGAAGUUCCCACGGGAAAGUGUAUUGCCCCCCUUUUUGACAAGAAGCUGAAAAACUUCAGGGCUAUGGAAGGAGUUCCUGUCACAUUUACUUGUAAAGUGGUUGGAAUUCCCAUACCUAAGGUAUAUUGGUUUAAGGAUGGAAAACAGAUCUUGAAGAAAAACAGACACUUCAAAAGAAUAAGAGAAGGUGAUGGAACAUGCUGUUUAUACAUAGAGGCUGCUACUAAUGAUGAUGAUGGCAAUUAUACUGUGAUGGCAGCAAAUCCUCAGGGAAGAAUAAGUUGUUCAGGUCAUUUGAUUGUGCAGUCGGGUCUUAUGCGAAACAGGCCCGUGAUUCAUUUGCAGAGGGUAAGAACCCGUGUCAAGCAGGUAGAGGAGGGAGAGCCUUGUCAAGAGAGAUUUUUUCAGCCUCACUUCUUGCAAGCCCCUGGAGACAUGGUGUCGCAUGAGGGCAGACUUUGUAGGUUAGACUGCAAGGUAAGUGGACUGCCCCAUCCAGAAAUUAUUUGGCUUCUGAAUGGAAAACCAAUUUGUCCAGAUUUGACUCAUCGGAUGCUGGUGAGAGAAAAUGGAAUCCACUCUCUAGUUAUUGAUCCUCUCACAAAAGAUGAUGCUGGAACAUACACAUGCAUUGCUUCCAACAAAGCUGGACAGGGUUCAUUCUGCCUUACACUCAGUGUUGUUGAGAAAGAGAUGAAACAAGCCCCACAGUUUGUGGAAAAGUUGCAGAACACAGGCAUUGCAGAGGGUACCCCAGUCCGUCUAGAAUGCCGAGUAGUGGGUAUGCCCCCUCCUGUGCUUUACUGGAAGAAAGACAAUGACACCAUCUCCGACUCUAAGGAAAGAUUUAGCUUGCACCAAGAUGCUACAGGAUAUGGUUGCCUGCUUAUUCAGCCAACCAGGAAAGAAGAUGCUGGCUGGUAUACAGUGUCUGCAAAAAAUGAGGCUGGUAUCAUUUCUUGCACAGCCAGACUUGACAUUUAUGCCCAUUGGCAUCAGUGGGCCCACCCACUGAUUAGGAAAACAUCACUUACUGGAAGUCAUUUUGCUGCACUAACUGGUGAAGAUAAACUGGUAAACAUUAAGCCAGAAUGUCUCAUGACAGACAACUGCCCUAUGAUAUUUACCACCUCCCAAGACGAACAUACUCCUGAGAGUGAGGAGCUCUAAAUACCACAA